AUUCAUCAAAUUAGUGUUUAUUUUAUGGUCGGGCCUGGCUAGUCAAAAUGGAUUUUCCACAGUGUCCACCGUCCUUGAAGGGCAUACAGCACUUUCUUAAACUUGCUCAGGAGCAUGAUACUCGAGAUCCUGUAAUUGCCUACUGGGCUAGGCUAUACGCAUUACAAAUCGGACUGAAAGCAUCUACGCAAAGUGCCGAAGAGACCAAACUUUUGCUGAGUCUAAUGGAUUGGUUGGAGCUAAUGAAAAAGCAGCAUUCUGCCAAUGAGGCUAUUACUAAUGACAUAGCGGCACAGGCACACAUUGAAAACUAUGCGCUAAAAUUGUUUCUAUAUGCUGAUAAACAGGACCGCGAGGAAAACUUUGGAAAAAACGUUGUCAAGGCUUUCUAUUCAAGCGGUGUUUUGUACGACAUGUUGCAGACGUUCGGUGAGCUGAGCGAUGAGGCCUUGCAGAACCGAAAAUACGCGAAAUGGAAGGCCGCAUACAUACACAAUUGCUUAAAAAACGGCGAAACGCCUAUUCCGGGUCCCUUGCCAGACGAUGAUGAUGAGGCCGUAGUAACUGGUGCUCACGAGGAGGGAGACACAAGCCAUGAAGCUGAUACACCGCCAGCCAAUCUCGAGAACGACCAACCGCCAUCAUCUCCUCCAGUAACAACUCCUCACAUCACACCACCCACGGCCGAAGAAGUUCUCAACAAUCCAAGCAAGUUACCCAGUCCUCCGGUGGAAGAGGAAAAACCAGGAGGGUUUGAGCCUUAUGUGCCCACCGGUCAACCCAAUCCGGCAGCAACUACCGUUUACCAGCCCAUAGUGCCCGUCGCAGGUCUACAAAUCACGGCCGAUCAAAUGAUUAAGGCCCAGAAGUACUGCAAAUACGCAGGCAGCGCGCUUAACUAUGACGAUGUGAAAACUGCUGUAGAUAAUCUGCAAAAGGCAUUGAAAUUACUGACCACGGGCCAGGACUAGAAUGGACGAAGGUGGAGCACCCGCAUUAAAUCACAGAUGGCUGUCAGCUUGCAAUCUAAAAUAUAAAUUAAAUCUCAACUAAUGCUACCCAAUUAAAAUGAAGUUGCUAAUUACAAAUGUAAAAUAAGAAGCGGUUUAAUAAUUCAUUUAAAAGAUGA